AUGAACCUGCCUGUCCCUGCCACCGGGGGAGCUAGAGUGUUCCACAUACUCUACGUAGAUAAUGUCCACAUGCAUUGUAGAGAGGUACUGGCUCCUUGACUGCAGUGAUUAACGUGUGGAUUGUUUGUGUUUCUAUUUAGUGCCCUGGUGUGGAGACCAUCUGUGUGGAUCUGGCAGAUUGGUCGGCCACGGAGGCUGCGCUCAGCUCAGUAGGACCCGUGGACCUGUUAGUGAAUAAUGCGGCUGUUGCCAAGUUACAGCCAUUCCUGGAGGUCACAGAGGAAGUGUUCGACCAGUGAGUGUCUCAGGCAGGGACCACUGAAUCUGUACCGAACCAGACUGUGUAUAAUACAGACCUUUAAUAUGGGACCAGACUGUGUAUAAUACAGACCUUUAAUAUGGGACCAGACUGUGUAUAAUACAGACCUUUAAUAUGGGACCAGACUGUGUAUAAUACAGACCUUUAAUAUGGGACCAGACUGUGUAUAAUACAGACCUUUAAUAUGGGACCAGACUGUGUAUAAUACAGACCUUUAAUAUGGGACCAGACUGUGUAUAAUACAGACCUUUAAUAUGGGACCAGACUGUGUAUAAUACAGACCUUUAAUAUGGGACCAGACUGUGUAUAAUACAGACCUUUAAUAUGGGACCAGACUGUGUAUAAUACAGACCUUUAAUAUGGGACCAGACUGUGUAUAAUACAGACCUUUAAUAUGGGACCAGACUGUGUAUAAUACAGACCUUUAAUAUGGGACCAGACUGUGUAUAAUACAGACCUUUAAUAUGGGACCAGACUGUGUAUAAUACAGACCUUUAAUAUGGGACCAGACUGUGUAUAAUACAGACCUUUAAUAUGGGACCAGACUGUGUAUAAUACAGACCUUUAAUAUGGGACCAGACUGUGUAUAAUACAGACCUUUAAUAUGGGACCAGACUGUGUAUAAUACAGACCUUUAAUAUGGGACCAGACUGUGUAUAAUACAGACCUUUAAUAUGGGACCAGACUGUGUAUAAUACAGACCUUUAAUAUGGGACCAGACUGUGUAUAAUACAGACCAUUAAUAUGGGGCCAGACUGUGUAUAAUACAGACCUUUAAUAUGGGACCAGACUGUGUAUAAUACAGACCUUUAAUAUGGGACCAGACUGUGUAUAAUACAGACCUUUAAUAUGGGACCAGACUGUGUAUAAUACAGACCUUUAAUAUGGGACCAGACUGUGUAUAAUACAGACCUUUAAUAUGGGACCAGACUGUGUAUAAUACAGACCUUUAAUAUGGGACCAGACUGUGUAUAAUACAGACCUUUAAUAUGGGACCAGACUGUGUAUAAUACAGACCUUUAAUAUGGGACCAGACUGUGUAUAAUACAGACCUUUAAUAUGGGACCAGACUACAGUGUAUAAUACAGACCUUUAAUAUGGGACCAGACUGUGUAUAAUACAGACCUUUAAUAUGGGACCAGACUGUGUAUAAUACAGACCUUUAAUAUGGGACCAGACUGUGUAUAAUACAGACCUUUAAUAUGGGACCAGACUGUGUAUAAUACAGACCUUUAAUAUGGGACCAGACUGUGUAUAAUACAGACCUUUAAUAUGGGACCAGACUGUGUAUAAUACAGACCUUUAAUAUGGGACCAGACUGUGUAUAAUACAGACCUUUAAUAUGGGACCAGACUGUGUAUAAUACAGACCUUUAAUAUGGGACCAGACUGUGUAUAAUACAGACCUUUAAUAUGGGACCAGACUGUGUAUAAUACAGACCUUUAAUAUGGGACCAGACUGUGUAUAAUACAGACCUUUAAUAUGGGACCAGACUGUGUAUAAUACAGACCUUUAAUAUGGGACCAGACUGUGUAUAAUACAGACCUUUAAUAUGGGGCCUGUAUGCUGACAUGGCUCCUGAACUCUGACUGAACCUCGUUAUAUGAUAUUAGAUUGUCAUGUUGUUAUAUCUUCACUCUGUAUUGAGUAUAACGUUCGAAGCACUGAGGCCGGUGUUACCGCGGGCACAGGGUCAGAGUGAGAUCAGUCUCUGUGUCUGAAGGGAUCAAACUCCAGUUUUUGUUUUCAGGAUCAUUAACUGACCACGUCGGCCACCAACCUGCACGGAGUUUAACAGUUCUGAUCUUGUUUACAAGACAUUUUGCAACUAAAAGAUUCUGAAUGGCCUGUCUUUAAUUUAUUCCAGUUUAUCUAUUUCAGGUAAACUGGAUGUGGAUCCCUGUUAUAGAAUACGCACUGUGCAUCAGUGAUUUACAGAAUUAAAGUUUUGAUGCCCAGGUCCCGUUCCCACAGUAAGUAGUUACACCAGUUUUAGAGCAGUUUGCCAACUUACCUAGGUCUUGCUAGGACCCCACAGCCGCAUCCAGUCUUACUCUAGAAAGCAGAGCUGGGACUGCGCUCAUUGUCUGAGAGCAUCCUGGAUCCACCAUGCUUAGCGCUAUAGACAUAUCUGGCAUCUCCGAUGGGCACAUGGGGGAUUGGGGUAAGCUGUCAAACUGUUUUAUAACUAACUAAUGUAGGCUGGCACCAAACCCACCACAGCGGGCUAUGGAACUCUUAAAAAUGAUAUUAACUAUUUAAGGUAAUCACAGAACCUUAUUUUAUUAAUAUAUAUAUAUAUAUAUAUAUAUAUAUAUAUAUAAAACUUAAAAUGAAGGUUUUUUGUUUUUUUUCAGAUUUCGCAAACACAUUUUUGCUAAAAGGAACACUCCAUCACAAUUUUUAACUAUUCAGUAGAUAAAUACCCCCCAAAAAAUCCAUCUGUUUUCUUUUCUGCGUGUUUUCUUCAGGGAUAAAUGAAAAAAACUGAUGGUGCCAAAAGCUGCAGACCUUUCCCCGAUGCAGACUUACAGUCUUUGCCAAGGAAUACACCAAUCAGAGGCUUCCUAAUGAGCUGGAGCUCUCAAUGCUUCUCAGUGAGCCAGAGUUCUCAGUGCUUCUCAGUGAGCCGGCGUUCUCAGUGAGCCGGAGUUCUCAUUGCUUCUCAGUGAGCUCUGUGACAGCCAGGGAGACUUUUCUGCUCACAAUUUUAAAAACCCUCAAAAAAAUGUAACUCCAGACACAUGACGAACUUGCAUCAGCUUUAUGUGGAGUGUUCCUUUAGCUAUAGGGGAAAAGUAAAUCUAACAUUAUAAACCUGGAAUCUGAGGGUUCUCCAUUAAUUCUUCCUUCUUACCUUUAUUUUCACAGGAGCUUUGCCGUGAAUGUAAAAUCUGCUUUGCUUGUCUCGCAAGUAAGUUGGUGUCUACAACUUGUAAAGAGCAAAUAUGGUGCCGUGGCGCGACUUAGACGGCGUUAACCGCUAUACGCGCUGCUGUCUUCUGUGCCAGUACCUGGGGGACAUUUGAACAUUUUUGUGUUCAAGCAAACUGCAACAAAUGUAUCUUAAACUAUAAACAGUUUUCCUGUAUAUUAACAUAUCUCCCUCCCAUCUCCCUGUCAGAUCGUUGCCCGCCAGAUGAUUGCACGUGAGGUACCUGGUGCCAUUGUUAAUGUUUCAAGUCAAGCUUCUCAGCGGGCACUGCAAGAUCAUUCUGUAUACUGUAAGCAUCAGAACUUCUGAGGAGGUAUAGCUAGUGACCUGCACCUUUAAUGGGCAUAAAUGAAAUCUGUCCGAGCAAUGCCACAUAGAACUAUGUAAUGUUUGGGAGGUUCCACCAUACACAACCAUGCCAAAUUAGGUGUUUUAUUUGCAGGUGCCACCAAAGGAGCCUUAGACACGCUGACCAAGGUGAUGGCGCUCGAACUGGGCCCUAAUAAGGUGACACCCCAUACUUUGUAUGUUUUUAACUUGAUAUGAAAAACUAUUGAUCAAUAGAUCACAUUGUGACUACAAUUGUUAUUAGUUGUUACAAUGAUUUGUUACGCUGAAUUUUCCUUGAAAAAAGUAUAUAAAAUAGAAUAUUAAAACACUUCCCAGCAAUGAAGAUGUUUAUACAAAGUUGUUUUUUUUGUUAAUGCCCAUUUUUUACUAUGUGUUCGAUGCAGUUAACUGUCUUUGGUUUUAUGUUUAACCCAUGUGCCUGAUUUCCCCGUUACAUGUAAUAUACAAUAAAACGUAUUCAUUCCACCCAAUCUGCAGGCAGUCAGAGACAAUACACAGACGUGUAAAUAAUUACUAUCCGGCUAAUUUACAAAAGCAAGAAUUCAAAGUGAACUUCAGAUUCCAGGCCAGAGUAGCCGAAUUGAAAGAAUAGCUUAGAUACAGGAUGUGAAUGAGGACAAAUCUUGUCAAAUGCUUUGAAGUUGUGUUGGGGCCUGGAGUGUCCCUUUUUGGCUAUCAAGGGCCACUAAAUAUAUACACUGCUCAAAUAAAUAAAGGGAACACUUAACCCCUUAAGGACUGGACUGUUUUUGCGAUGUUGUACAUUUGCGACCAGGCAUAUUUUUACACUUUUGUGGUGUUUGUGUUUGGCUGUAAUUUUCCGCUUUCUCAUUUACUGUUCCCAUACAAAUUAUAUAUUGUUUUUUUCAGGACAAAAGGGGCUUUCUUUACAUACCAUUAUUUAUAUAAUCUCAUGUAUUUUAAUUUAAAAAAAAUAAAAAAAUAUGAUGAAAAAUUGAAAAAAUACAUGUUUUUUGACUUUUACUUGAAAAAUCUUUUACUCAUCUACAAAAGCGAAUGAAAAAAACUGCUAAAUAGAUUCCAAAUUUUGUCCUGAGUUUAAAAAUACCCAGUGUUUACGUGCUUUUUUGCUUUUUUUUGCAUGUUAUAGGGCUAUAGGUACAAGUAGGAUAUUGCGGUUUCAAAACAUACAUUUUUAAAAUUUAUCAAUAGUGACAUUGUAACACUAUUAUCUGUCAUAAAUCUCUGAAUAACACCCCACAUGUACAUAUUUUUUUUAAAGUAGACAACCCAGGGUAUUCAAUAUGGGGUAUGUCCAGUCUUUUUUAGUAGCCACUUAGUCGAAAACACUGGCCAAAGUAAGCAUUCAUAUUUGUUUGUGUGUGAAAAAAGUAAAAAAACUAAAUUGAACGCUAAUUUUGGCCAGUGUUUGUGACCAAGUGGUUACUAAAAAAGACUGGACAUACCCCAUUUGCAAUACCUUGGGUUGUCUUCUUUUGCAAAUGGUAUGCCAUCAUGGGGGUAAUUCUCAUUCCUGGGCUACCAUACGCUCUCAAAGGCAACGUGACCAACCUGGCCAUUUUCAAUGUAAAAUAUUUGACCCAUAUAUUUGACCUUGUAACUUUCAAAAAUGCUAUAAAACCUGUACAUGGGGGGUACUGUUUUACUCGGGAGACAUCGCUGAACACAAAUAUUAGUGUUUAAAAACUGGAAAACGUAUCACAACAAUUAUAUCAUCAGUAAAACUGCUGUUUGUGUGUGAAAAAUGCAAAAAAAGUAACUUUCACUGACAAUAUCAUCGCUGUGAUAUUUUUUACUGUUUUGAAUCACUAAUAUUUGUGUUCAGCGAAGUCUCCCGAGUAAAACAGUACCCCCCAUGUACAGGUUUUAGGGUGUCGUAGAACGCUACAGGGUAAAAUACAGUGCUAGCAAAUUAAAUUCUCUGGAAUUUCGGCCUGGGUUGGCAGGCAGGUCCCUCAAAUUGCAAUCAAUAAAAUUACUGAAUUAUUUAAAAAUAUUACAUAAAUACGCACGUAGAAUUUAAAUAUAUAUGCAUAUUUAUAUAUUUGAAGUUUACGUGUAUAUUUAUAUAAUUAUUUAUGUAAUUUUGUAUAUGGACAUAUGUAUAUUUCUUAUUAUUUUUAUUUAUUUUUAUAUACAUAGAUAUAUAUACAAAUUCAUUCUAAGUGUAUUUUGAUAUAAAUAUAUAUAUAUUAAUUUUAAAAUACAGUUAGAAUAAAAUUUCAUAUAGCUAUAUAAUUUUUAAAUUUUUUAUUAUUAUUUAAAAAAUUUUUAUUUAAUUUAAAUUACUUAUUUAUAUUUUAUAAUAUAUAUAUACAAUAUAUAUAGUUAUUAUAUAUAUUAUAUAUAUACGUGUGUAAUUUAAUUAUAAGUGUAUUUUUAUAUUAAUAUAAGUACAUAUUAAUAUAAAAAUACACUUAGUAUGACAUUAUAUAUAUAUAUAUAUAUAUAUAUAUGAUAUAUAGACAUAUAUUGCAUAGGUAUAAUAUAUGUCUAUAUAUCAUAUAUACACAUAUAUAAUUAUUUUUAUUUUUUUUAUUAACACUAACUUUAUUUUAUUUUUUGAUUUUACACUAGCAGGGAGACUGCCUGUCAGUACAGGCAGUCCCCCUGCAGGCAGACACAUGGACACCUAUUGUGACCAUGUGAUCGCUGUGUUAAGCGAUCACAUGGCCACAGGGGUCCUAAUCUGCCGUGGGGAGACUGCCUGGGCUGCAGGCAGUCUCCCCACAACCGGAGCCACGCUGAUCGCCGCCGGGGGAACGACGGCGAUCAGGUAAGUAGCUCUAACCGUUAGGACGGUUCAGGACCGUCAUCGGUCGGCAACGCAAAAAUGCCGAUGAUGGUCCUGAACCGUCCAACGUCCUUAAGGGGUUAAACAACACAAUGUAACUCCAAGUCAAUCACACUUCAGUGAAAUCAAACUGUCCACUUAGGAAGCAACACUGAGUGAUAAUCAAUUUCACAUGCUGUUGUGCAAAUGGGAUAGACAACAGGUGGAAAUUAUAGGCAAUUAGCAAGACACCCCCAAUAAAGGAGUGGUUCUGCAGGUGGUGACCACAGACCACUUCUCAGUUCCUAUGCUUCCUGGCUGAUGUUUUGGUCACUUUUGAAUGCUGGCAGUGCUUUCACUCUAAUGGCAGCAUGAGACAGAGUCUACACCCCACACAAGUGGCUCAGGUAGUGCAGCUCAUCCAGGAAGGCACAUCAAUGAGAGCUGUGACAAGAAGGUUUGCUGUGUCUGUCAGCGUAGUGUCCAGAGCAUGGAGGCGCUACCAGGAGACAGACCAGUACAUCAGGAGACGUGGAGGAAGCCGUAGGAGGGCAACAACCCAGCAGCAGGACUGCUACCUCCGCCUUUGUGCAAGGAGGAGCACUGCCAGAGCACUGCAAAAUGACCUCCAGCAGGUCACAAAUGUGCAUGUUUCUGCUCAAACGGUCAGAAACAGACUCCAUGAGAGUGGUAUGAGGGCCCGACGCCCACAGGUGGGGGUUGUGCCUACAGCCCAACACCAUGCAGGAUGUUUGACAUUUGCCAGAGAAUACCAAGAUUGGCAAAUUCGCCACUGGUGCCCUGUGCUCUUCACAGAUGAAAGCAGGUUCACACUGAGCACAUGUGACAGUCUGGAGAUGCAGUGGAGAACGUUCUGCUGCCUGCAACAUCCUCCACCAUGACCGGUUUGGCAGUGGGUCAGUAAUGGUGUGAGGUGGCAUUUCUUUGGGGGGCUGCACAGCCCUCCAUGUCCUCGCCAGAGGUAGCCUGACUGCCAUUAGGUACCGAGCUGAGAUCCUCAGACCCCUUGUGAGACCAUAUGCUGGUGCUGUUGGCCCUGAGUUCCUCCUAAUGCUAGACCUCAUGUGGCUGGAGUGUGUCAGCAGUUCCUGCAAGAUGAAGGCAUUGAUGCUAUGGACUGGCCCUCCCGUUCCCCAGACCUGAAUCCAAUUGAGCACAUCUGGGACAUCAUGUCUCGCUCCAUCCACCAACGUCACGUUGCACCACAGACUGUCCAGGAGUUGGCAGAUGCUUUAGUCCAAGUCUGGGAGGAGAUCCCUCAGGAGACCAUCCACCACCUCAUCAGAAGAAUGCACAGACAUUGUAGGGAGGUCAUACAGGCACGUGGAGGCCACACACACUACUGAGCCUCAUUUUGACUUGUUUUAAGGACAUUACAUCAAAGUUGGAUCAGCCUGUAGUGUGUUUUUCCACUAUAAUUUUGAGUGUGACUCCAAAUCCAGACCUCCAUGGAUUGAAAAAUUUGAUUUCCAUUUUUUUUUUUUUGUGAUUUUGUUUCAGCACAUUCAACUAUGUAAAGAACUAUGUAAUUAAUUAAAUAGAAGAAUAUUUCAUUCAUUCAUUUUUUUUGAGCAGUGUAUAUAUAUUGCAUUGAAUUGAAAAUAGAACUGAAAAAGAUAAAGAUACGGGCAAGGUUAUAGAGAAUCUGACUACCAAAAACUCUAGUAAAUGAAGAAAAGAAAUUAUUUAUAAUGUCCAAUAUCCGUCAGCAUACUUGAAACCGCGUUAGACAAAAAAAUUCCAGAGCAAUUAUAUAUUUGGCACAUGGACCCGAUACGAUCUGUUUAUUACACUCCAACACACAGACACACCUUAGAUUAAAGGAAUGUCGUCUUCUGUAUUAACCCGAGGGGAGAGAGAAAGUGGUGCCUGGGAACACAUCUUAAUAUAAAAUAUGUAAAAUGGUCACAUGGAUGGUCAUUAGAGGGGGCCAUGUGGUCCUACCUCAGCCUAAUACAAUUUAGUGAUUUUCACAAGGGUAAAAAUAUAGCACUGCCACUGAAAUGAUUGAAAUUGCAAAUGAGUCUGUGAUGUACCAGAAUUAAAUUGAACUUUAAUGCAAGAACGCAGCUCAAAAGGCACUCAAUUCAGGUUUUGUUUUUUUGGUUGUUAAAAAAAAAAAAAAGGCAAAUAUGGAUCAAUUUUGAUGCAAAGUGCUGUGUUUAGAACAAAUGCAAUAUCCUUAGGGUCUUGUAGGAUACAUUUAGUGGUUGCUAUAAAUAUAUCACUUUCUGUUAAAAUCACUGCAUGUCCAACUCGGCCUUUCAUCUCAUUGCAGUGGUUAUAGUGUCUGACAUUCCUUUAAUCUAAGGUGUGUCUGUGUGUUGGUUAUAGUGUCUGAAGACCCCUGGCUCCUUCCUUCCUUUCACCACCAAACCAUUUUCAAUGUUUUAAUGCUAAACAAGAGUCCCCAGUAGCUCAUCCCGUCUGUGCUGCCUGGGCUAAUGAGGAAGCAUUAGCAUAAGUAGCAAUGGGUGGCUGUGAUCGGCUGAGAGUGUCAGCUGACCGCUUUCAGCCUAUGACUGCACCCGUUGCUGGUAUGAAUUGGUAUGGCUAGGAGGAAGUGUGAUCUCAGCUUUAGCCACCUCCAGUCGGAGCCGGGCUGUGGGUGACCAGGGACCCUCAUUCAGUGUUAAAUGAAUGACUCCAGGUACUAUAACCAAUUCAGUGAGAUGAAAUGGUUAUUGUGCUUACAGUGUCCAUAUUGAGACCAGUAGGGUUUUACUAAAGUGUAAAUUGUCAGAUAUUCAAGCCAAAAUAUUCAAACUUGGAAAAUUCAAUUCUGCUGUUGUGUCCUAAAGUUUUAAAUUCCCCCUGAAUUCUUGGAAAUUGACACUUGAUUUAAUAACUAUGUAAAAUGUAUUCAUUUACACCAAGCAUGUCAAACUCGCGGCCCACAAUGGACAUCUUUGUGGCCCGGCGAGCCGCAAGUACAUGCUUAGUGUUAAAGCAGAGUAGACACAUGCUUUCUCCACAUUGCAGGUGCCUACUCUGCUAAAAUUUACCUGGUCAUGAGGAGAGGUCGCUGGAGGAGCUCAGUCUUCCUGCUGCGCAUUGCUCCCUCGCGGGCGUGGCAUCAUAUUCUGGCAUCAAUAAACUGCGCGUGUGAGGAAGCAGUGAGUGUAUGUUGCGAUGGCCAUGAGGACCUGGAGGUGCACGGCGGCACGCAAUGCCACAUCACAUUCCGACGUGACGUCAAUGUGCUCCACCUUCACAGGGUUUCAAUAAGUAGUGGGAGUACCCGCUUUGGCACACAGUGCGGACGGCGCCAUUUGGGGUAUACCAGAGGCCAGACUCCAGAGUCGCAUACUGGCAGCGGCAAUGUGAGUGGAGUCUGCUUGUUGGCUAGAGGGGGGUGCUUCGCUUUGGUAUAUGGGGGAGACUGGGUUUUACUAGAGGGGGUGCUGUGGUUUAGUAGAGGGGAUGCUGGGUUUUUUUUAUACUGUACUUAUUAAAAUAAACCUACGUUUAAUUUUUGCGGCCCACAUAAACUUAAACCUUGUUUAUUUGGCCCGUGCUAGACUGAUUUUGACAUGCUUGAUUUACACCAUAUCGUCUCAUCUGCAUAUCCUAAGGCUUUGUUUAAAAUUAACUAUCUACAUGUGUUUUCCCUUUAGAUGGCUCUAAUUUCCUAACGUGACUGAUUUUUGACAAUCCAAAUUUAUGCGCAUUAAGCUCUUUUCACAGACAAAGCUAGAUUUAUAUAACCGAAUUUUUUUUUUUUAGAUCCGUGUUAAUGCAGUGAACCCCACCGUGGUAAUGACUAAUAUGGGACGCAUUGGGUGGAGCGAUCCGGAGAAGGCUGGACGUAUGUUGAACCGCAUUCCGCUGGGGCGCUUUGCUGGUCAGUCUGUCUUUACAAUCUUUCGUUCUUCUAUUUUAUUGGGGUGUGGGAUUGGCAGAAAGUUAGACCCCCAGCUAUUCUACCAUGAAGCUUGUCAACUUUCGAUCACAAAACGUAUAAACACUAUAACUACCUCAAAAGUGCAGUGCGGAUAAGUUACCCUUUCGUUUAAAGAUGUAGAUAUACAGGAUUCCUCAAUACACUAGAAAACUAAUAUAAUCUACAAGGGAACACAAGACAACUCCUAGGGUAAUAAAGUAUAAACUCAGUUAGUACUAAAGGUUCAAGGUCACACUUACAAAAGUCGUGAAAAUUCAGGCUCGUCAGUAUGAUGCAAAUUCCAUAACAGAUGUAGGCAGGCACAUGUAAAAGGAAACAAAGACAAAACAUAGUGCAGCACUGUGGUAAAAUAUAACAAACACUUUAUUUGGUAAAACUCACAAGAUAAAAGUAAAAAGAAAGCCCAUCAACCAACAUGUCCAGUAGGCGCCCAUCAACCAACAUGUCCAGUAGGCGCCCAUCAACCAACAUGUUCUGUAGGCGCCCAUCAACCAACAUGUUCUGUAGACGGCAACAGACUUGCUUUGCUCAAUGUUCCUGAAGAAGUCUUAAGAAUUAGAUGAAAUGCGUAGGGCCUUUUUAACAUUUAUAUUUUAUCCAGUAUUACUUAUUAUUUUGUUGCCUAUUUUCAACCGCUGGACCCGAACAUAUUCUUCAUAUUACACCAUCGUGGACGAGUACGGCCAUAUUGGUUGAUGGGCGUCUACAGGACAUUUCUUUUACUUUUAUCUUGUGAGUUUUACCAAAUAAAGUGUCUGUUAUAGUUUACCACACUGCUGCACUAUAUUUUGUCUUUGUUUCCUUUUACAUGUGCCUGCCUACAUCUGAUAUGGAAUUUGCAUCAUACUGACGAGCCUGAAUUUUCACAACUUUCAAUCACCCUGUUCUAACACUGGUCAUCUUAUUCUCCCUUGUCCCACGGCACGAUUUUUCUGUGUGCCAGUACAUUCUAACAUUAAGUACUCAGUCUUUAUUUAAAUGAAAAAGGCAGUAACCCUAUCAGCAGUGUUGGCUACUGUGCGGACUAUUCAUUAUAAACUCAUCACUCCUCAUUUAGUAAAUAGGUUUCCAGGUUUACACGGGCUGAGCAAUUAAAACCCAUGAUACUAGUUCUUCCUCCCGCCUCGCGGCCUUUGCAGCGCAGAGCCAAAUCCCAAUCUGAACCUCAUUUUUACCCAUAAUGGUCUAAGCGGUCUGUCCUCUAAACCACUGUCCAUUGGCUUUGUCUGUUUCUGAGAACCCUCUGCCGGGUCUCCCUAUGGUCCCAGUGAAUACAACUUACCUCCCUAAUACUUGCUUUAUUUUCAGAGGUCGAGGAUGUGGUUAACAGUAUUCUCUUCCUGCUCAGCGAUAAGAGCGCCAUGAUAACGGGCUCGUGUCUGCCGGUGGAUGGAGGCUUCCUUGCCUGCUGAUCUAUGGGAAUCCAGUUUCUCCACGUGGCUCUCAAUCUUGCGGCAUCAUCUCACAAUCAGCAAAUAACUUUGUGCAGUAUUUUAUAUAAUUGAGAAAAUAAUUGUCUCCUUUUCUAUGCAAAGAUACUGUGCGCGUAUAAAAAUAGAGUAGGAUUCUUAGAAUGUAUAAUCGUUUCACUAAUUAUGAAAUAUCACUAAAACUGAUCUGUUGUGCUUACAUAAA